AUGGCAGACAUUCCGCUGGACUACGGCUCGGCAGAGACCGACGCAGCAGCUGCUGCUGCCGCCAUUCCGAUGCAGGACGAAGCCAUGGACGACGGCUCCCGACCCGACCAGGCUUCCAACUCUCGCUUCUACGCCCUCCCCACCGACCAGGCGGUCGAAGCAGGCGCGCAACGCGGACCUACCCCACUCACAGGCAACGAGCCUCCCACUCUAGACGACAUCGCACUCAUGGGAACCGAAGAGCCCACCGAGUCUCCAGGUCCGCCUGCCGUAGAGGGCGGCAGCGACAUCCGGCUCGACACGCUGCUCAUCGAAGGCGCGCCCAUCACGCAGCUGUCCACCUCGCGUCUGUUUGCCUACCUCACGCACUACGGAGCGCAGCCGCUGGGUCUCGAGUGGAUCGACGACCAGCGCUGCAAAGUGGUGUUUGCCGACGAGCGGUCUGCGCGUCUUGCGCUCGAGUAUCUCUGCCCGUCGCCCGCGAGCGACGAGAUGCAGCCCGUCGAAUCGGAUGUGACGCCGCUGCCCAACAUCGAUACGCUGCUCGAGUACGAUCCGGACUCGUGGCACUCGGAGUUCAUCACGUCGCUCGUCCAGCCGCGCAAGGCACACCGCGUGCCGGGCAAGCUGUACACGCACGUGGAGCGACAGGCUGCCCUCGCCGAGCAAGAGUCGCGCACGCAGAUGGAAGCGGCGGUCUCCGAGCUGCCAGACGACGUGCCCGAAAUCUACCGCGAGAUGGAGCAGGAGGAGCGCAGGAACAAGCUCGAGAGCCGCGAGGUGCGCGAGCUGCGCAAGUUGCGCUCCGUGCUGUGGCUGCGUCACGCGGUCACCGAUGUGGACCGCAAAGAGUCGCGCGCAUCCACGCGCAGCCAGUGGUACAAGCGACACGGCUACGACGCCGGACGCGAGAUCGUGCCCAAGCUGCUCCAGGUCGGCCAGGUGGCUGAGACCAAGGAGCUGUUCCCGGGCUACGAGCCGUCGUCGUCCGAGCCGCCGCGACGUCGCGACGAACGUAGAUCCAUGCUCGACGAGCUCGACUCGGAGUUGGAUCGACACGUCGCAUCGCGCACGGAUGAGCCGGAGCGCAAGCCGGGCGAGAUGAUGGCCGACGCGGUUGCGCGGGGCGACGACGAUCUGAUGGACCGUCUCGGCUCGCGCAGCCGACGCCGCGAGCCUCGUUCCGACAGCGGUCGAUGGGGCCACGACGCGUACUUGGCCAACGAGGAUACACGGCGUAGGGGUCGCCGAUCGCGACCGUCGGCAACCGAGAUGGACGAAGAGCUCGACCGACACGCACGUCAGCGCCACCACGAGCGCGAACUUUCGCCUUCGCGCCGCGACUCGCCGUCGUCCAGUCACGUCCGGGUCAAGGGUAGAGGCAGGAUGAAGGCUCCCGCUUCCGAUGGGCGGUGGGACGAUAGCCCCUCGCUUGCACAGCGCAUGGACUCGGACGCCGCACCCAAACUGCUCAAGCGCAUCCAGUCCAACUCGCUCGCGAGUCGGUUCACAUAA